CAGAGAGGCUAAAGAGGAGAGAGGCACUAUUUAUCUGCUUCUCCUUAUCCGAUCCCUUUGGCUCCGUAGUCCCAAUCCUCAAUGUCACUUCUGCAACUGCCUCCCUUACACUCUCUCAAGCUCUCCACCCCCUUCCUCCAUGGCUCCUCUCCUCUCUCCAAAACCGCUUCUUGUCUUCCCCCUCCAACCAUUUCUCCUCCUUCCUUCCUUCCUCCGAUCAGGGCCAUGAAAUCGAUGCAGGGAAGGGUCGUCUGUGCCACCAACGACAAGACCGUUGCCGUCGAAGUCGUUCGUUUGGCGCCUCACCCCAAGUACAAGAGGCGUGUCAGGAAGAAGAAGAAGUAUCAGGCUCAUGACCCUGACAAUCAGUUCAAGGUUGGGGACGUUGUUCAGCUUGAGAAGAGCAGACCUAUCAGUAAGACCAAGACCUUCAUUGCCAUCGCAGUUCCGGCCAGGGUUUCCAGGAAGAAAGAAGAUUCCGGUGAGCUUGGAAUUCCGUUGGAAUCGCAGCAGGAGCAGCAGCCGGUCGCUUAGGGUGAUGUCAAUUUUAUGUUUGAUUUGUUGAUUGUGCUUUCCUUUUGUUGAAGUUGUUUCGGAUUUAGAGGUCUUAUGAUGUGUUCGUGAUGGAUAUGUAUGGCUUACACUUACAUUUAUUUGAGCUUAUUAAAUAUGCUAUAUUCUGAAUCA